UCUGGCAGAUGCUUUGUUUAUGUUGUAUGUCUAUUUUAAAAGUGUGAAAUGCGUAUUACGUUGUUUAUUUUGGAGUAUUUUAUUUUAGGUAAUGCAUUUGGAGAGAUUAUGAAUACAACUAAACCAAUAGAUUACUGUGCUCAUCCUCAUUGUUCGAUGAGAAACCAGCACACGAUGUGUGUAGCAACUAGGAAAGUUAGCGGGCGGCUGUAUGCGUCUGGCAUGACCACGUGGAUGCGCUACCAGCUGCUGCUGCUGCACAACCGGCACCGCGACAACGUGGCCAUGGGCCUGGACCCCGGCCAGCCCCCCGCCGCCAACAUGCGCAAGAUGUACUGGGACUACGAGCUUGAGGAGAUGGCCGAACUCUGGGCGAGGCAAUGCCAGAAAAGGCACGACGAAUGUAGAAAUACCUUCCGAUUUAAUGUUCUUCAAAACAUGGAUGUCCGGCCUGUCGUUGUUAAGAUGACACAAGCACAAUUGCUAGCAGAUGCGGUUGACGCCUGGUUUUCAGGUUCGAGGGUUUUACCUCAAGAGAAUAUUUGGUCCUUUAAACUUACCAACUGUAGUGCUUCAGGUGGAUGCAAUUCCCACUGGUAUUCGGCCGCGGCGUGGGCGUCUACAUGGCGCGUAGGUUGUUCCCAAGCACUUUGUACAUUAAGAGCGCGUUCUUGUGAUGUUUUUCGCAAUCGUCGACGUAGUGACACAAAGUUUCAGCAAUCGUCGAAUGUGACUCGAACAACUCCAAGGGAAAAUUUAUUGCGCAGAACAAAGUACAUGACUGAGGCCUCGGAAAGUAAACAUCAUUUCAACGACUUUUCUUCUAUGUCAAGUACGGAGGUACCCCCGCUGCAUCGGGGCGUUCUCGAAUUCGCUAGGAAAGCUCAAGGAGAACCUAAAAUUAUGGCUUAUACAUUUUGUAACUAUGGACCGGCUGGGAAUAUUGAGGGUUUUCCGAUUUACAUGAGCGGGAUGCCCUGCAGUCGCUGCCCGCCCGGCACGCGCUGCGGCGACCGUACGCACCGUGCCUUGUGCACCGUUCAUAACGAUCCCGAUAUCUGAC